AUGGAUUACACACUGGAGCCCAAUGUGACAACCAUAAGUGACGACUACUAUCCCGAUAUUGCAUCAAGCCCCUGCGACGGGGAACUUAUUCAACGACACAACAAGUUGGUGCUGGCCACCUUCUACUGUGUCCUGUUUGUAUUCAGUCUCCUGGGGAACAGCCUGGUCAUUCUGGUCCUUGUCGUCUGCAAGAAACUGAGGAGCAUCACGGAUAUAUACCUCCUGAACCUGGCCCUGUCGGACCUGCUUUUCGUCUUCACCUUCCCCUUCCAGACCCACUAUCAGCUGGACCAGUGGGUAUUUGGGACUGUAAUGUGCAAGCUGGUCUCUGGGGUUUAUUACAUGGGCUUCUUCAGCAGCAUGUUCUUCAUCACCCUCAUGAGUGUGGACAGGUACCUGGCAGUUGUCCACGCCAUAUACGCCAUGACAGUGAGGACGGCCAGAAUGGGCACAACCCUGAGUCUGGCCGUGUGGCUGAUCGCCAUCGUGGCCACCAGCCCCUUGCUGGUAUUGUACCAGGUGGCCUCUGAAGAUGGCGUUCUACAGUGUUAUCCGUCCUACAAUCGGCAGACUCUGAAGUGGAAGAUCUUCAUCUACUUUGAGAUUAACAUCUUGGGUCUGUUGAUCCCAUUCACCAUCCUUAUCUUCUGCUACGUUCGGAUGCUGCACCAGCUGAGGAGUUGCCAAAACCACCACAAGACCAAGGCCAUCAGGCUGGUGCUCAUCGUCGUGAUGGCUUCCUUGCUCUUCUGGGUCCCCUUCAACGUGGUCCUCUUCCUCACUUCGCUGUUCGGCAUGAAGGUCUUGGACGGAUGUGCCCUGAGCCAGCGGCUGAUUUACGCCACCCACGUCACAGAGACCAUCUCCUUCACUCACUGCUGCGUGAACCCUGUGAUCUACGCUUUCAUGGGCGAGAGGUUCAAGAAACACCUCUCGGAAAUAUUCUGGAAGAGCUGCAGCCACGUCCUCGUCUAUGUGGGAAGACGAGUCCCGCGGGAGGCCUGGGAAAGGUCUUCCUCCUCCUGCCCGCACCCUCUCCGUUCCUCCAGCAUAGACUAUAUUCUGUGA